AUGGAGAAUGGAGAGCGAAUAAAGUCGGCGAAUGGAUCUCGCGAGGAACUCCCCGCACGUGUGCAGCAAAAACAGCAGGACCACCAGCAGCACCAGCACCAGCACCACCAGCAGCAGCAGCAGCAACAGCAGCAGAAGCACACCAAUUAUCAAGACGUGUUGUCAAAAACGCCAACAUCAAAAUCAAAAAAAUCACCAAGAAGUGGGAUAGAUGUGCAUAUCUCUAAUGAAAUGGCCACAACAAAUUUAAAUGGCAAUGGGUCGUCAAAUGAACAUGACGAUUUCAAACAUGGCUAUGUUAACUCAAAGGAUGACUCUUUACCACGGACUUUAGAGUACCAGGACUCUACUACGACUACUGGUGCUGGUGAUGGUGCUGGUGAAACCUAUCCUCACACUGAGUAUUUAGAAUUGAAGCAACAAGCUCCGUCGACCCCACCACAAGCAUCACAAUCACAACAACAACAACAACAACGACAUGAACAAAAAUCACUGAAGAACCAAUUACACAAGCUCUCAACAGUAAAUGCCGCAGAAGCCAAGUCUCUUCCUAAAAGAAACUCUGCUGGAGAUCUGCUAUAUGAACUGCGGAACAAAUCUGAGAGCAACAUCAACAGUUUCAAUUCAAAUCAUAGACAGCGAAAGUCAUUACCGUCAUCUAACUCCAGUUCUACUGCAUCUACGCCUCCACUUUUAUCCAAAUCCAGUGAUAAUCUAAAAGCAUUGGGAUUGGUAGCUGGAUCUGGAUCUGGAUCCGGAUCUGAUCCUUAUUUUCAACAGAGCAAGUAUAGACCUAUUACACCACCAGCAAAUAGGUAUAGGGAAGAACCUGGCUUGAGUUAUUUCAACUACGAUAAAAGUGCUAUUAAUGAAACGAGGAACAAAUCUCGAAGUAGAGAACGGAUUAGGACACUGAGCACAGGCUCGAACAAGAGCUCAUCGGGGUCAAGUCUACACAGAUUAAGUAAACCAGAUGCAAGCAGCAGUGGGAAUACAAAUGGCUUCAAUGGAGUUCAUCGACGAAAUGUUUCAUUUGGAGGUAUUGACGAAAGUAAGCCAAAAUUAAGCGGUGCUAGUGGUGGUACUAAUGGGUUAAUGACUAGUCCGCGUUUCUUGCGAGAUUUCAAAGCCCAUAAUAACUUGAGUUUUGCUGAGUAUGGAUUAAGCAAAAACGGAAAGUCUCCAAGCACAACAAAAAAUAGUCAUUACUAUUAUGGUAAUAACUAUAGCAGCAGCAAUAACAACAACAGCAACAGCAACAACGGUCAGCACCAUCAUGCAAGGAAUGAGCUGAGAAAUAGACUUGUUGAUCAGUUCUUUAAUCUGAGUGUCAAUGUGCAGGCACCUCCUGAGUCAUUUAAAUCUAAUGGAGUACCAAUUCAUUAUGGGUUCCCGUCGGCAACACUGCUCGAAAUUCCAAUUGUUAAUGGGGACCCAACAACACCAAAGCAACAAGAUCGGAAAUUCAAUUGGGGUAGCCAAGGACAAAAUCAUGGGCAGAGUCAAGUUUCUCAGAAUGGCACUUUGGAUGAUAGAAACUCGGCAAAUUUUACUAAUGGUGGUAAUGGUGCAACUAGCACAAAGGGACCAUACACAUCACCCUUUGCUUUGACCUUGGAGACUAGUGAGGAGUUGGUCAAUGCUACUUUAAACCAUGGCGGCUUUAAGUUUCAGUAUAAUGAGAAGGAAAUCAUUGAAAAUGACAAAUUGGUCAAUUAUUUUUUGAAUAUUGAUAAUAUCUUGGCAGAGUUGGGAGUCAAGGAUCAUGAUCGCAGUGAUCACAAUCACCGCAGUGAUCAUCAGCUGCUUGUGCGUGAAUUAUACGAUCCUCUACUCAAGAUUAUGUCUGUUGUUUCGGAGAAGUUGCUUUUGAAACAAAAAGAGAUAUUGUUUUCUGUUCCGCAAUGUCCAUCAUUAGUUCAGCUUGAUUUGAUUCGACAGUAUUUGGAGUUUUUGAAAACCGAGAUUACAAGAACGAAGCUGGAACUUCGUGAUAGGUUAGUUGAAACUAGAGAUACCAACAAAGAGGAGAUCACCGAGAGCUUGGAUAAACUUAAUGAAAUUGUGGAGAAUUUAGUUCUUCUCGAAAACAAAUCCAGAUUGUACAAGGAGAAAAUUCAAGCUCAUAAGCAGUUAUUGAAUGUAGAAAUAAGUCAGAAACUAGACUUGUUGGAGGAUAUUAAUAAGAGGAUUACAAAGAAUAAGAGUAUUCAAAGGCGGCAGAAAUGGGUACGUGCAAAUGUAUGUAUUGGUGUUUUAAUUGUUGUUCUUGGAGUUUCAUGGUUUGCAUUGCAAUAA